AUGACAGUGUUCGGGGUGCUCUGGCUGUGUUUGGGGUGCUAUAGUAGUGUUUGGGGUGCUCUGGCUAUGUUUGGGGUGCUCUGGCUGUGUUUAGGGUGCUCUGGCAGUGUUUGGGAUGCUCUGGCAGUGCUUGGGGUGCUCUGGCUGUCUAUGGGGUGCUCUGGCUGUGUUUGGGAAUGUUCUGGCUGUGUUUGGGAUGCUCUGGCAGUUUUUGGGGUGCUCUGGCAGUGUUCGGUUUGGGGUGCUCAGAUAGUGUUUGGGGUGCUGUGGCUGUGUUUGUGGUGUAGUGUUUGGGGUGCUCUGGCAAUGUUUAAGGUGCUCUGGCUGUGGUAUAUGUGCUUUGGCAGUGUUAGCGUGUUUAUGGUGCUCUGGCUGUGUUUGGGGUGCUCUGGCUAUGUUUGGAGUGCAGUGUGGAUGGGGUCCUCUGGCUGUGUUUGGGGUGCUCUGGCUGUGUUUGGGAUAUUUUUGCAGUGUUUAGGGUGCUCUGGCUGUGUUUGGAGUGCAGUGUGGAUGGGGUUCUCUGGCUGUGUUUGGGUUGCUCUGGCAGUGUUUGGGGUGCUCUGGUUGUGUUUUGGGUGCUUUGACUGUGUUUGGGGUGCUUUGGUUGUGUUUGGGGUGCUCUGGCUGUGUCUGGGUGUUCUGGUAGUGUUUAAGGGUGCUCUGGCAGUGUGUUGGGUGCUGUGGCAAUGUUUUGGGUGCUCUUGGCAUGUUCUGGCUGUGUUUAGGAUGCUGUGGCAGUAUUUUGGGUGCUUUUGCAGUGUUUUGUUAGAGGUGCUCUGA